AUGCCUCCACACGUCACAUUCGCUGACACAACAAUCUCUUCCUCUUCCACUCUCGCAUCAGAGCCCACUCAAUCCACAGCGUUGACCACACCAGCCUCAUCACUAGCAUGGCUGGACGUCGCUUGCCCACGCCUCACACGUCCGAUCCGGAUACCGUUGCCGCUACCCCACAAGCGACGCUUCAACCACCCAGAGCCUCCCUUCGGCUGGGCAGACGCAGACGCCGAGCACAGACGUUAUGAUGCCGCCAAGACGAGGCGGAAUGCAACUACCACCAUCACCACUUCUCCAACAUCCUCAACAUCGUCAUCAGCAUCAACAUCAAUAUCUUCACUCGUCACAGCUCCCCAAUGCCUCAACUCCAAUCCAAACCCUUCUACUCGCCACGUAACAUUCGCACCAAGCACCCUCGACCUCGCCCGCGCCCAAAAACGCCGCCGCGAACGCCUCCUCGACGCAAUGGGCUUUCCGCCUCUCUCGCGCUCUCCUCUCCCUCCGGAGCGCAACAUCCUGGACCCCCGAAGCAUAUUCGGCAACAUGUUCGAGAUCGCGGAGAAAUUCGCCUCGGAAGAAGCUGAAUUCUUACAAAAACAACAAGAAGAACAGUACGACGAUUACUCUUACCCAACCUGGCAGCAUUUCGAGGAUGCUAGGGUUAUGUUGACGACGGACUAUGCGUCGUCACGGAGCAACAGCGCCGACGAAAACGACUUCGAUAACCCGUAUGAGCCUGAGGUGUGGGAGACGCCGAGUCAGAGGGAGGCGAGGAUCCAGUGGCAGUUGAGGGUGUUGGGGAGGAGAUAA